UCUCCCCCUGACUUCCCAACACAGGAGGAGGGGGAGAGGGAGCUGGAAACAAAAGAGGGGAAGGCAUCUGCUCAAACUUCCUGAAAAAAAAAAAAAGGGAGAAAGGAGAGCAAGACUACAGAGAGGAGAGGAGACUUACGGAAGCAGGGGACCCAGACACAAUAAUGAUACCACGGAACUGACACAAAAAAGGACACAUUGGGAACUGAUAGAUUGAUCAGAGCUGAUAAAGGGAAGGUGUGGGGUGGGAGGACAGAGAAGGCAGAUUUGCAUGUAAAGAAUAGGGGGAGGAAGAAGAGGCAUAGGUGAAGACAAAGCUGCGCUAAGAGGAUGUCUACCUCUAUUGUAAGAAGAGAAAGCAAGAAGAGCCUGCAGAAUCUACUAAGGCUGACCACUCAGUGGAGUGUGGAAGAUGAAGAAGAAGCAGCACGGGAACGUCGUAGAAGAGAGAGACAGCAGCAGGAGGGAGGUGAAGGACAGUCUCCAGAUGACCUCGAUGACGAGAACUGCACACAGAGAGAUAACCAUGUGGAGCUGAAGCCAGCUGGUCCUUGGGAGACGGAGGAGGAUGAAGGAUUUAGUGACUGGUCUCAGAAACUGGUGCAGAGGAAGCUGAAAGGAGCUGCGCAGGCCGCAGAGGAGACAGAAGAGCCCAGAUUUACAGACGAGGAACAGACAGAGCAGACUAGAGCCACGGAGGAGUUCCAUACAUACAACACAGUAGCACAGGUGGAGGAAGAAGAUGAAGGGACAACCCGCAAUGAAGAAGUAGAGAUAAAUGAUGAACUGGAAGCCUGCAGAGAAGAGAGAGAAGCCACCUCUUACAAUUGGGAAACAAGAGAAAUAGAUUAUGAGGAUAACAGACCACCAAGUCCAAGAGUUCCUGAAGAAGAGUUUGAAGAACAAGGGGAACAGGAAGAGAUACAUGUGACUGCUAGAGAUCAGGAACAGUACCAGAACCAGUGGGUAUCAGAUGAAAUGGAAAAUCGGAGGCAGUCAGUGAGCAGUGAUGGAGAGGAAGGAGAUGGUACACUCACAGUGAAGAUAACUGAGAGAGCAGAGAUUCUGAAUCGCUCUAUCCAGAAAAGUAACAGUAUAAAGAGGAGUGAACCACCCAUGCCAAUACACAAGAUUGAUGACCGUCUGGAACAGUACACACAUGCUAUAGAGACGUCCAUUAAACCAGGCCGCUUGGCUCGGCAGCCAUCUUUAGAGCUGCUUAGUCCUACAGAUCCUGUAUCAAACAUAAAAAACCGAUGGGAGAUUGGAGACGUUACUACAGCUGCCAAAGCAUCCUCUUGCAAGGAUACAGAGGGCAUCAACAUUGGUGUGUCAGACAUGAUCAACCAGUGGGGUAAAGAUAAAACCGAACCCGAUGGCCAGGGAACCCCUCUAAAACUCGCAGAAGUGAAGCCAGGAGAUGUACUGAGCAAGAAGAGCUUGUGGGAACAGGGCUCCAAGUCAGGACAAAUGAAUAAGAAUGCGGCUUCCACUAAAAAGUACAAGUUUGUUCCAGUUGGACAUGGAAAAUAUGAGAAGAUCUUAGUGGACGAGCCUUGAUGGGAACCCUGAAGUGUUUUUUGUCAUGAGAAUGUGCUCAGAAUUUCCAUGCAAUUCCGAAAUCUUACAGUAACAAAUGGUGAUGCCAAGUUGCCUUAUCUUACCUCAGCCCCAUCAAUUCAACUUUCCUGUCCUAUUUUCCCAUAAUCUUUGAAAACUAUGUACUAAAGUGAUGCAACCAGAAUAAUGGCUGUACUAACACUAUACAUAUUUGUUAUGCCAAA